UUUUUUUUCGCGUCGCAUUCAACCAAGCCACAUUCUCAUCUACGAUUUACCAACCAGCAUCGCAACCCGCAUCGACUCUCGUUUAUACAAGACUUUCCUUUCGAGUUUAUCAAGUGACCGCAUCAUAACCAAGAUGUCUGACUACGGUGAUGAGGGAGACGUCGGAGGGGACGAGCCUAUGUACGAGGAUGAGGAGAUUCUUGAAGACGAGCUCGACCCCGAGGUGCUCGGCGGAGAAGAUGACGAGUUCAAUCGCAGAGGUGCAGAGGAGGAAGAGAACAUCGUUAUUGGAGGUGAUCCGUCUGCUACCGCGAACCGAACUAAGGCUACUACAAAGUCCAACAAAGACAAGAAGGUCCCUAAUGACCAACGAACUACCACUCCGUACAUGACCAAGUAUGAGCGAGCUCGUGUAUUGGGUACUAGGGCACUCCAAAUUAGUAUGAAUGCCCCUGUCCUCGUGGACUUGGAAGGAGAGUCAGAUCCGCUUCAGAUUGCCAUCAAGGAGCUUCGUGAGAAGAAGAUACCGUUAAUCAUCCGCCGUUAUCUUCCCGAUGGCUAUUAUGAGGAUUGGUCAUGCGAAGAGCUUCUCCAGUGAAUGGACCAGGGCACCUCUCGGUCAAGUACGAUCUACUUAUGGGGCCGCCUCUAAGAUCACUCCGAAAUGCUUCUCGAUUUCGUCAUGGAUAGGAUAAGACUGGCUAAUAGGACCGCGCAAAAAUGAAUCGACAGGGGGUUUAAGAAUAAUGUGCAUGAGCAUGGAGUUUGUGGUUGCUUUACGGAAUAUAUCAGAUUCUCCCUGGGCGUGAUCCCUCCAAGUACGCCUCGUCAUGAAGCCAACGUUCAAUCGGCCGACAAUACGGUAUAUAAUUGCCUCGCUGGGUAAUUGUAGAUUGCAUUAUGAUGUCUUUUAUAGCAACGCCAGUCAGCCUCAGCUGAAUGGGUGGGCAUCCCAUGACAAUUAGGUACAGACGCUGACGGCAACGGCGAAGGAUAUUGCCAGAUAAGGCGAAUGCCCUCGCCGAGCUUACCGGUAGCCCUGCCGUCAGCUGCGGUUUAAUCAGUUGCGUUAUUAUUGGGUAUACCUGAUCUAAUAGUAGGAGGAAACGUAUGGUUCCUUUCGAUAUCUUCGUCGGUGAAGACUACUUGUACUCACAUUAAACAUAAAUGCUGCUGCAAUCAAUUAUAUUCAUGAGCAGGCCAUCGCACUUUGUAGUAUCAUUAGAAGCUUACACGUGUUUUGUUUCUUUGGUUUAUAUAGCUUGCUACAUGGGCAAGCUCGAAAGGGCGGUGAUCAAUUCGUAUUUUGAGUCUUAA